AUGCCCGGGAGAUCGAGAGGAGCGGGCACCGUGCCCGACAACUUUUGGAAGGGAGAAAAUUUCCUGUCAGGAGAAUGCCACCAGCGCCGCAGUCACCUAGCGAGGGAGAGCCUUUCCAUUCACAUUGGUCAAGCUGGUGUCCAGAUUGGGGAUGCUCUUUGGGAACUCUAUUGUCUGGAACAUGGAAUCCAGUCAGAUGGUGUCAUCCUUGACAAUAAAAUUGAUCAAUUAGAAAAUGCUAAAAUGGAGCCUACGAAGGCACCUUUCAAUAACUUCUUCUGUGAGACAAGAGCUGGGAAGUAUGUGCCCAGAGUUCUCUUCAUGGACCUGGAACCAACUGUUAUAGAUGAGAUUCGUAUAGGGAAGUACCACUCACUCUUCCACCCAGAAUAACUCAUUAGUGGAAAGGAAGAUGCUGCAAUCAACUACGCCUGAGGCCAUCGCUCUGUGGGGCCAGAGAUCAUUGACCUUGUGCUAGAGAGGAUCCGAAAGCUGGCAGAACAGUGCAGUGGACUUCAAGGAUUUUUGAUUUUCCGAAGCUUCGGAGGAGGCACUGGACCAGGAUUUACAUCUCUCUUAAUGGAGCAACUCUUGAUAGAAUAUAGCAGGAAGACUAAGUUGGAGUUCUCCAUCUACCCAGCCCCCAGGACCUCCACUGCUGUAGUGGAGCCUUACAACUCCGUCCUCACUACCCAUUCCACCACAGAGCACUCAGACUGUGCCUUCAUGGUGGACAAUGAGGCCAUCUAUGACAUAUGCCAUCGUAAGCUUGGUGUCAGAUGCCCUUCUUAUGCCAAUAUUAAUAGGCUGAUGGGUCAGGUGGUGUCUUCCAUUACUGCUUCCUUCAGGUUUAAAGGGUCCUUGAACGUGGACCUAAUUGAAUUCCAGACCAACCUUGUACCUUAUCCGAGAAUACAUUUCCCCAUGACAACCUAUGCUCCCAUCAUCUCUGCUGACAAACCUUACCACGAGCAGUUCUCUGUGCAAGACAUCACUGCUGCUUGCUUUGAGUUCUCCAGCCAGCUGGUCAAGUGUGACCCUCAUCUUGGGAAGUACAUGGCUUGCUGCCUACUAUACAGAGGUGAUGUGGUCUCUAAGGAUAUAAAUUCCGCAAUUGCAGCCAUGAAGUCAAGGAAUUCUGUCCAGUUUGUGGAUUGGUGUCCAACUGGUUUCAAGGUGGGCAUCAACAAUCAGCCACCAACUGUGGUGCCAGGAGGGGACCUGGCCAAAGUCCAGAGGGCUGUCUGCAUGCUGAGCAACACCACGGCGAUUGCAGAGGCCUGGGCCAGCCUGGACCACAAAUUUGACCUCAUGUAUGCCAAGCGGGCAUUUCUGCAUUGGUGCAUUAAAGAAGGCAUGGAAGAAGGAGAGUUCUCAAUGGCCAGGGAAGAUUUGGCAGUCCUGGAGAAGGAUUAUGAGGAAGUGGGGCAAAGUUUUUGAUGCGAGUAUGACUGAUGGAAAUAAAUGUUAAGUUAAAAUAUCAUGCUUUCUUUUCAAGCCGUAUACAUUGUCUUAGUUAUCUAGAGCUGCUGUAACAGAAAUACCACAAGCGAAUGGGUUUAGCAAACAGGAGUAUAUUAUCUCACAGUUUAGGAGGCUAGAAGUCCAAAUUCAGGGUACCACCUCUAGGGGAAAGCUUUCUAUAUCAGUUCUGGAAGAAGGUCGUUGUCAUCAAUCUUCCCCUGGUCUGUGAGUUUUUCAGUGCAGGGACUCCAGGUCCAAAGACAUACUAUUCUCCUGGCUCUUGUUCCUUGGUGGUAUGAGGUCUCAAGUCUUUUAUAUCUCAAAAGAGAUUGACUUAAGACACAACCUAAUUUUGUAGAUUCAGUCC